AUGCAGUCACUUCAAGAAAAAGCAUCUCAAUGGAGCGGAGUCUCCAACGCCGAUGCUUUGGCUAUCGACGCCACCAAUUUGUUCGAAAAGCUCGGCCUCCAGGCUUUCAUUAACCUCUCCACCAAUUUCUACAACAGGGUAUAUGAAGAUGAAGAAGAGGAGUGGUUUAGGUUGAUAUUUGCUAAUUCAAAAAAAGAAGAAGCUAUUCAGAAUCAGUAUGAGUUUUUUGUUCAGAGAAUGGGCGGUCCUCAGCUUUACUCUCAAAGAAAAGGCCAUCCCGCUUUGAUCGGACGCCACAAACCAUUUCCUGUUACACACAAAGCUGCAGAAAGAUGGUUGCAUCAUAUGCAGCAGGCAUUGGAUAGCACCACUGAAAUUGACAAUGAGUCAAAAACAACAAUGAUGAAUUUUUUCAGGCAUACUGCAUUCUUUCUUGUGGCUGGAGAUGAGUUGAAGAAUCAACACCAGAAAAUGCCAUGUAAGAACUGCAAAAACCCAAAGCACGCUGCGGCCAGCGAUUCAACUUAACUGUAAACUUAAUCAUUGAAAAUAAUUUCCUCAUUUAUUAUUAACAUAACUGUUGGGGUGGAGAUACUUAAUGUUUCCAAAUGUAUUCACAGCCAUAGUGGCAUUCAGGUGAAAAAUGAAGCAGUCUUUCUAUAAA